AUGGCCCUCCAACCUCUGAUGAGCGUCGGCGACAUUCUGAUGCUGUCUCAAACUGCAUGGAAAAUCGGUCGAGCAUUCACGCACGGCAAGAGGAGCGCCCCGCCAGAAUUCGCCGAAGUCGAACGCAAGGCGAACGGUCUGUCUGAGGCAUUGAAGCUGCUCGCCGAGACGUUGCACUCGGACGUCAGCGUCCUCUCUCGCGCCGACGAUGAAACGAAAGCCGCUGUCCGCACCAUCCUCCAGAGCGCCCACCACACCUUAGACGACCUCGACAGCUUCGUGGACCGAUGCCAGGUCAUCAAGAAGAAGGGAACAAACGGCGGCUUCGUGGUGGAGCGGAGCUGGAGCGAGGCGGUCGUGGCCAACUUCAAGACCUUGCAAUGGACUACAGACGGCGGCGACAUCGUAGACCUGCGCAACAUGCUGCAGAUGCACUCAGACACCAUCAAGCUCACCAUGCACGCUCUCCAGUCGAGAUCUCUCGCAAGGCUAGAGAAGACCGUAGUACCCAUGGCCGGUAUGUGAGAGGUUGCACUGGGCGAUCUUCGACCUCUUUGAAACACGCCUUGACUAACUCGUCAUUUUUAGACACCAUUGCCAGCAUCCAUGGCCGCGUCAAUGGUGAUGUGGGAACCAAGAUCGACGACCUGCAUCGAAUCAUAGUGUGCAUUGCGAACAGGUGAGCGCAGAGUGCUGGACGAACCGCGCUUCAAUCUCGGUGCUCGACUGGGCAGUCGCUGACUUUACAUAGCACUCCCUCUCUCGUCGCGAAGGAUAGAGCCAUGAAAGCUUCUGGCAGCCAACGCGACAGCACCAGCACUACGUCCACCUUGAACUCUUAUCGGGAGGAUUCAGGUACGCGCGACAGGCUACGUGCGCCGCCUCCGCUCCGGCCGCCUCGCCCGUCGGCUUACAACACACCCCCACGUGCACUCGGUGCCCCGCGGGGACAGCCGGCACAUCCUGGUAACAGAGUUCCAGUAAGCUCGAGGUCAAAACGAGAGGACUCUGCAUAUUACAGCUCCGCCCAGCCUUCUUCCUACUCCGAAGUGAAACGCAUGGAUCGAGACUGGAACUUCGAAUCUGGCUCGCCCGUCGACCACCGCUCCAGUAUUGGGGAGCAUCGGGACGAGGAGGUCCGCGUGGGCUCUCCUCAAGACAGCGCGUAUGCCGCCACGGAACCGGAGUCGCGACGUGUGUCGCAAGCUCGAAGAGAAUCUGCAACACUACCCUCGUUGAUGAAGGCGACUGAGUACGAUCUUGAUGCGCUUCCAGCUGGUAGCGGAGACUAUGAAGAAGUCAACGUGUCGCCCAAAAACAAGAAGUGGUGGAGAUCAUCAACGGGAGUCGGGCAAUUGCCACCGCCAGCGCUGCCGGCAGACGACAGGCAGCGACCAAAUCCGCCAGCUACACCUGCCUCUCUCCUCUCCAGCUUUCAGCGUACGAAGAGCGAUCCCAUGGAUGAUCGACCUGCAAGCCGACCACAGACCGCCAAGUCUCUAGGAAAGCGACCAUCACAACCUCAUACACCCAGAUAUACUGACGAUCCCCAAUUCGAACGACACCUAUUUCGCAAUGCAGCCAUUCUCUGCGACGUGAGAGGGAAGCUGGUCGAACACGCGCAGACAAAGCCGGAUGAAGCCGAUCCGCGGUACAAUGUCGAAAUGGUCCCAGCGUGCAGAGAGGCGCGUGUCUGCGUGAUCCGGAAACGGGAGAACACGGAUCAUGGCGGUACUAGAGUUGUGACCUCCGUCUGGUGUCUCUCGGACGAUGGAAAGAUCAGAUUGCAGCAGAAGCUUUCGGAGAUGCAGGAAACCGUGCCUUACUGCUCCUACUUCGACCCGGAGAAAGUGUCACUGCAGUCGACGGAUGACCCCAUUGCGCUGAGGUUUCAUAGCGAACAAUGGGGAGCCAUGCUGAAAGAAGAGAUCAAGACAAAUUGGGUGAAUUAUUACUUUGAGUCGGAAAACGACGCGGUGGCUUUCCAGUCUGCAAUCUUUGGAAGGACACUCAUCGGCAGCUUCCGCACAACCAAGACAACCGUGAUACACGAAGGACUGUCAGGCGUAUUCGCUUUCGAAGAGCAAUUUGCCAACAUCGAAAUGCUUCGCCUCUGGGAAGACGAUGGCGUAUCAACACCAGGUGCCGCAGGCGGAGUGCUCGCGCUGAUGCACAUUAGCUCUAGUUUUGGAGAAGGCUGGGCUCGAUGGUGGAUGAACAACAGCAAGCAACAGGUCAAGGUCAAAGAAGACGGGCCCAGGUGCGCCAAAGUAAAAGGCAUCGACGUCAAUGUCGUCCGGCCUCCAAAGGUCUCUUCCAACCUGCGCGACAACCAGCUGAAGGUCCAGGUCCAGCCGAAUAUGCCCGUGAAGAGGGUACAUGGCGUCCGGAUUGAGUUCAAAACGGAUGACGAACGGUCUGAGUUUGUUAGUGCUGCAAAAAAGGCACAGUUGCGGCCCUUUACGUUACCGGAACUGUGA